CCCCGGCCCGGUCCGGCCCGCUGCCAGCUGUUUCUGGCUUUGGCAGCAGAGAGAAGAGAGGAGGCCGCCGGUCGGAGUCAUGAAGCGGCAGCUGGAGAUCGCCGCCCUCGGCGUGGCCGCCGCAGGUUGGCUGGCCGCCGUCCUGACUCGCUGCCUGGCGCUGUGGACGGUCAGCGGGACGCUCGACAACCAGACAGCCAGCCUGCCUGCCUACUGGGAUGGGGUGUGGCUACAGUGGGAUCACUGGGAUCUGGCCCACGAUGGCAGCCUGCACUGCUCUUUCUACCAAUCCCUGAUGUCUCUUUCUGGAAGUUUUCGCACGUGGAGGGCUCUCAUCAUGGCCGCCAUUGGAGUCGGGGGCUUCGCCAUGGUGGUCGGAGGAGUGGGGCUGGUUUGGUUCCCACAGAGGGGCCAGAUCAAGGUGUUUUCUGGGAGUUUUUUCAUCGUGGCUGGGAUCCUGUUGCUGGUUCCCACAGCCUGGACGUGCCACCACACCAGCCAGCCACUAGAGGGCGCGGUGCCGCUCAGGAGAGACUGGGGACCUGCUCUGUACCUCGGAUGGAUCUCCUUCGCGUUGAUGCUGGUCGGCGGGGUGUUUCUGACCACCAGAUGCCCCGCCGCUGGGGUGCAGGAGGGGCAGCCUGGCGGCCCCGAGGAGGAGGCCAGCAACCCGCUGAGCACCAUCAACAGAACCGCGUUCACAAACAGCCAAUACAACCGCAGGUCGCCGCCCAUCUGACAGAACUGGACCGGGCAGCAGAACCAAAGAAAAGUGAAAUUAAUGCUCUCAGGAAAGCGUCUGACUGCACUUUUUUAAGAUAUAAAGGGUUAGAAUUAACUUAAAUGAGCAGAACUGCACAGACUUUAUUAACAGGAACUGAUGUUUGCUGUGUUUUGUUCUACUUUAACAAACUGUUUGUCUUUUUAUUAUGCCUAUCCCAGUAAAACAGAACAAGACGGUGACUUGUUCAUACAGCGGCUCUCUGGUAUUGAGAAACGAUUAUUUCCUGGAGGCAUUUCCACUACAAAUGUGCGCAAAACUGUCAAUGUUCCCGUAAUGUAAAAAUCAAACAACAAACAAACAAAAAAAACUCAAUUUCGCAAUUGACUGCGAAGAAGGAAGUGCUGAUCACAGCAGAAAAUCGACGUCAUGGUUUACAUAUGAUGGAGUAUUAGGGCUAUUGUGGCUAGAAAAGAAAAUAGGAGCAAAUGUCUGCCAAAAAACUCAGAAAUCUAGAGAUUAAUCUUAGAAAUUAUUUACAAAAACCCUGGAAUUUUUGAGCUUGAAAACUAAAUUUUUAAAAGUCCAAAUUUUUCUUGCAAAUUUUGGACUUUUGAAGCUCUGAAAUUUACAACUUUUUUCUAGAACAUUUCUGAGAUUAAUCUAAAAAUUUCAGAGUUAUUUUGGCAGAAAUGUACUCCUUUCUUUUUCUAGCCACAAUUUUCCUAACUUCAAACCCCGCCCCCAACUUUUCUUUCUGCUUUCUGAUUGGCUGGUUUAAAUCCUACCAGAGGAAUCUAAGUGAAUGGGAGAAAAGCCAGAAUGUGUUGUUUGUUUAAUUGUUUAUUUUAUGUUUAUUUCUUAAAUCCAAACAUACCACAGUAAAAAAAGUAAACUCUGUUUAGAGUUGCUAUGACAACACUAAAUAUUGGUGGAUAAUUUCAGCACAAACUACUGUUUGCAGAGAUGGGUAGCAACUAGCUACGUUUACUUGAGUACCAUUUUGGGAAAAUAUACUUAUAGAAGAAUUUUAUUUUUAGUUUUACUUGAGUAAUUUUACUAUGAAGUAUCACUACUCGAGUAAAAUUUCUGGAUUUUCUGCCAGCUGUGAGUAACUGAAUGAACAACCUUAUUUUACCCAAAAGUUUUAUAUUGAAAUAAUUUGAUUUGUUACGACCUUAUUUAUAUGAAUUAUUUUCAUUUUGGUUUUUAGCAUUUCCACAUAACUUUACAUUUUGGUCCAUCUGAUGAUGUACAUUUUAAAUAUAAUCAAAUACUUUUUCUUACACGGCUACAUUUUAGUAAAAACAUGCUGAAGUAGUUCUACUUUUACUAGAGUAUAACUUUUGGCUACUCUUCUGAUCUGCAGACUAAACUGAAUCAGACGUGAUGGGAGGCGUAGAAACAGCUAGAAGAGGGAUUAGUGAAGAAUUUAUACAUUUUUACAACAGAGCAAUAAACUUUAGACUAAAUGUAUGUGCUCAGAGUUUCAUUUUCCCUGCAGUCGAACAAAAUGACGACUGAGAAAAUUCAUGUAUUUCGUAUAUUUUAUGUCAAACUGUUGUGUUUGGUUGAACUGGAAUCAGAUGCAGUGUAACAGAAAAAAACCAGGCAUGUUGGAACACGAGCCAAAGCACAAACAGGAUGGGUGGCGUUGAGUUGCCGUUUUGUUCUCUGAAUCAAAGUCGCAGCCUUUAAAAAAGCACAAAAGUUUUGAACUUAUUCUUCUGCAGCUUUACGGUUCCUCUGUGUUUCUUUAAAUGUGAUUUCAUGUAGAAAAUCUGCUGAAUUUAACCUCGACUUUUCAGACUUUGUCAAAUGUCGACAUAUCAGGAUGAAAAACAAUAAAAAUAUAAUUUUA